CAUGAGCGCCAAUGGCCUGUGACCUUGAAAAAAAUUUAUGCCGGGUAAAAAAAAAAAUAUGUUGUCCAUAAUAAAAGAGCAGUAGCGGUUUUGUCGCUUCUUAGUUCGUCCGAUAUUUAUUCAGUCACCCGAAGAUCGCUCACGCAUCGCUGUAAUAACGACGAAGAUUGGACUCUUAGCGUUUUCUGACAAUAGACGAAGCAGGAUAGGCCCAGGAAGUAAAGAUGAGUUCGGGAGAUGGAACGGCAAAGCUACUGUCCGGUACAGAUGUUGCAAAGGAGAUCCGGGCGGGCCUGGCGCAGGACGUCGCCCGGCUGGCGGGGAGGAUCCCGGACUUCCGGCCGGGGCUGGCGAUCGUGCAGGUGGGCGCGCGGGAGGACUCCAACGUCUACAUCCGCAUGAAGCUGAGGGCCGCCGCGGAGAUCGGCAUACGGGCACAUCACAUCCAGCUCCCCAGGACCACCACCGAGGUGGAGCUUCUGAUGAAACUGAAGAAGCUUAAUGAUGAUGCAAGUAUCCACGGGAUCAUCGUUCAGAUGCCAUUAGACAGCGACAACGAAAUUGAUUCACACCUCAUCACUAAUAGUGUUUCACCUGACAAGGAUGUCGAUGGUCUAAAUGCUGUGAAUGAAGGCAGGGUAGCUGUGGGUGAUCUGGGAGGAUUUCUUCCUUGCACUCCUAACGGAGCUAUGGAGCUCAUUAAAAGGAGCGGUGUGACGAUAGCUGGGAGCAAUACGGUCGUGCUGGGCCGCAGCAAGAUUGUUGGCACGCCUGCAGCGGAACUGCUCAAGUGGCACCACGCCACGGUUACCGUGUGCCACACCAGGACUAAGGACCUGGAGCAGCAGACCGCCAAGGCAGACAUAUUGGUGGUAGCCGUCGGUCAGCCGGAGAUGGUGCGGGGCAGCUGGAUCAAGAAGGGUGCAGUGGUGAUUGACUGCGGCAUCUCUUCCGUUCCAGACGCCACGAAGAAGACCGGCCAGCGCUUGGUCGGGGACGUGGCGUUCGAAGAGGUGUCCCGUGUGGCCUCGUACAUCACGCCCGUCCCGGGGGGCGUCGGCCCCAUGACGGUCGCCAUGCUCAUGAAGAACACCGUCCUGUCCGCCCAGAGGGCCGGCUCCAAGCUCCUCAGCCCCAGCUGGGGCCUGCACAUCCUCCCGCUGAAGCUCGUGUCACCAGUGCCGAGCGAUAUUGCGAUAGCAAGGUCGCAGGAGCCAAAGGACAUUCUUCACUUAGCCAAGGAGGUGGGACUAUAUCCGGCAGAAGUGAACCAGUACGGACACAAGAAGGCCAAGAUAAGUCUCUCUGUGCUGCAGAGGCUGCAGUGGCAGAAGAACGGCAAGUUCAUUGUGGUCGCAGGCAUCACGCCCACGCCGCUGGGGGAGGGGAAGAGCACCACCACGAUCGGCCUGGUGCAAGCGCUCGCCGCGCACCGCAGCAAGAACGCCUUCGCCUGCGUGCGCCAGCCGUCUCAAGGUCCCACUUUUGGAAUCAAAGGUGGAGCCGCGGGCGGGGGCUACUCCCAGGUGAUCCCGAUGGAGGAGUUCAACCUGCACCUGACGGGCGACAUCCACGCCGUCACCGCCGCCAACAACCUGCUGGCGGCCCAGCUGGACGCCCGCGUGUUCCACGAGGCGACGCAGGGCGACGAGGCCCUCUACAACCGGCUGGUGCCCAAGGUCAAGGGCAGGCGCUCCUUCUCCAAGAUACAGCUGCGUAGAUUAGAAAGGCUGGGUAUCAAGAAGACAGAUCCUGAAUCUUUGAGUCCCGAGGAGAAGAAAUCUUUUGCAAGACUGGACAUUGAUCCCAACACAAUCACGUGGGUUAGAGUCCUGGACACCAAUGACCGCUUCCUCCGCAAGAUCACGGUUGGCCAGUCGCCGACGGAGAAGGGCCACUCUCGGGAAACAGGGUUCCACAUGUCGGUGGCGAGCGAGAUCAUGGCCAUCCUCGCCCUGGCCACGGACCUCAAGGACUUGAAGGAGAGGCUCGGCAAGAUGGUGGUGGGGCUGGACAGGAGCGGCAAGCCCGUCACGGCUGACGACCUGGGUGCGACGGGGGCCAUGGCCAUCCUCAUGAAGGAUGCUAUCGAGCCGACGCUGAUGCAGACCCUCGAAGGGACGCCGGUGAUGGUCCACGCGGGGCCCUUCGCCAACAUCGCCCACGGCGCGUCGUCCGUGGUCGCCGACCGCAUCGCACUGAAACUUGUCGGGCCCGAGGGCUACGUCGUCACGGAGGCCGGCUUUGGCUCCGAUAUCGGAAUGGAAAAGUUCUUCAAUAUCAAGUGUCGCAACUCCGGCUUGCAACCUAACGCCGUGGUGCUGGUCAGCUCGGUGCGAGCCUUGAAGAUGCACGGAGGCGGCCCAACCGUGACCCCAGGAAUACCCCUUAAGAACGUGUACGUCGAGGAAAAUCUUGAGCUGCUGAAGCAGGGACUGCCAAACCUGCAGAAACACAUCAGCAAUGGACUGAAGUACGGCCUCCCUGUCGUGGUCGCUGUUAACACCUUCUCGACGGACUCGCAGGCGGAGGUGGACCUGGUGAGGAAGGUGAGCCUGGAGUCGGGGGCCUUCGACUCCGUCAUCUGCAGCCACUGGGCGAGCGGCGGGGCCGGAGCCGCGGACCUGGCCGACGCCGUGAUGGCUGCCUGCAAGACGCCCUCUUCCUUCAGGUUCCUGUACCCACUGGGCUUGCCGCUCGAAGAGAAGAUGAGGAUCAUAGCCACGGAGAUGUACGGGGCAGGCAGCGUGGAGCUAGACCCCAAAGUGUCGCAGCUGCUGCGAGAGUACGAGGACAGGGGCUACGGGGACAUGCCACUGUGCAUGGCCAAGACGUCGCUGUCCCUGACCGGCGACCCGGCUGUGAAGGGCGCGCCCACGGGGUUCACACUCAGCGUCAAAGAUGUCAUGGUGUCCGUUGGCGCGGGCUUCGUGGUCCCCAUCGUAGGGGAAAUCUCCAUGUUGCCUGGCUUGGGCACACGGCCCAGUAUCUACGACAUGGACCUAGACACAGACACCGGCGAGAUAGAGGGGCUGUUCUAGGACGCUCCUGAGGAUUCGCUGCAUGGCAGCAACACUGCAUGAGGAGCAUGGCUUAGGUAACCACUCGACAACAUUAGCAGUAACAAAAAAUCGAAUUUUGCUCAAAAGACAGUAAACAUUAGCUGUCUGCAAUGGUUUUCCAUGGUCUGCGAAAGUACGCAAUGGCUCGUGCGUAUCAAAAUAAUAAAUGUUAGUCAACUUACGGUCCUUUACAGUUAUGAGGAAAAUCAUCAUUAUUUAGAAGGGAUCAUUAUUACAAUUCUCUCUGAUUUUGACCCAUACCUAAAAAUCACAUUUUUCACUUAGUCUUUAUUUAACUUUCUCUAUCACAGAAAUAGUUAUAAUUUUAAAAGACAGACAGAAAAAGCAUAAUAAAUUAUAAGCAUGUGUAUGUUAUAACGAUCACACACUCCACUAUUAGUUGCUUCGUAACGUAAGAUCAGCGGUUUUGUUUUGAAAUGUUAGCAUAUUAUCACUCGAGUCCUUGCAGCGGUACGUACAUACGACAGAGGAGUGGAGAAUAGUGGGUGUCACAACACAGGAAGAGAAUGCAUUUGUUACUGUAAAGCUGAGAAUAUUGUAGACUUAAAAUUAUAUGGUUUAUAAUGCUGGCUCUCACUCUCUCCUCAGCUCAGAGAGAGAGAGAGAGAGAGAGAGAGAGAGAGAGAGAGAGAGAGAGAGAGAGAGAGAGAGAGAGACACACAGUCACCUCCACCAAUACAAUGUCUCAGUCUUGGGACUCUAGUAGUCUAGCUUAUUGUUUAUGUCAAGUUCUAUUGUUUAGUAUUUAUUUAAUAAAAGAGAUAACAGAACUUUAAAGGAAAUUAGUGGGGGGGGGGGGGGGGGGGGGGGGGUGUUUGUAGGCAUCACUACUUCUAGGUAGCUGUUGGAGGAAUGUCUACCUUGAAGUGAUGUGGAGAAUGUACGUAUGGAGACCUGCAAAAUUUGCAGUUUCGAUGGCCUUCAGGAUAGACUACACAUACCCCUGUACACUCGGGUAAAUAACGCAAGUUCAUUGGCUGCCGACUUGUAAGUCGUCUCAGCUGGUUUGUCUAUGAUUCGGUCCUUCUUUGGUUGAGGGUUUAUAACUGGUUGAGAUUCGUCCAGAUGAACAGUAAGCCAAUAGCAAAUUUACCUAAGAGGUAUAUGUGUUUGAAUUCUAGCCUAUCACCGAAUGAAUCCGCAAAUUUUGCAGGUCUCUAGUGAUAACACAUAUUUCCUUGUUUCGUGCACACUGCCUGGCGGGAAUAUAAGGGCAUGGCUACGCAGGAUCUCACGUUUCAACCAAUUGCUCUCCUAUUGCUGCCAGGCAGUAUAGCUGUCGCAAAGAGAAUCCCACCAUUCUGUUGCACCAAAAGAAAAAUCAACAGUUUCUUUUCUACCAACCUUAUUAAAUCAAAUACCACACAGUUCCAUAUGUUAUUACCAUAGUCUAAUCUUAGAAAUUUUCAUGUUCAUGUGUAUGUCAGAGUGAUAAAUGUAUGCAGCUAAUUGCAUUGUGUUGAAAUAUUAACUAGAUUGUGAUCUACAUAAAAUCAAAAUGGUGAUUCAAAUCAAAUUUGUGAUUUGUCAGUUGUUGAUUCUGAGAGAUUCUUUGUUUUAUUUUUGUACCAUUCCAUGCCUAGACUGAUAUAUACAUGUGAAUAAGUGUUAUUAUACACUUGAAUUGUAAUGAUUGUUAAAUUUUAGGAACAUAUAAAGGGAUGUUUGCAAUGAAUUACUUUUGUGUAGGAUUGUGUUAAAUGGAGAAAAGUAUUAGUGUAUCAUGAAACUUAUGUGGUAGCAAAUAACUGCUUAUAGUGUUAAGAAUUAGGUAAGUUGGGAUGGAAAAGAUUCAUUGUUACUUUUUCUUAUAUCACUACAACUAUUUUGAUUAUUUUUACAUGUAAUAUUUUGAAAUAAAAUGGUGUUAUUGUUA